UAGUUUUUCAAAUAAAAUUAUAUCUAAGGAGAUAAGCAUUUCUUACACCUUUCUGUUACCAGUAUACUUGAAACCAAUCGACAAUAAAGGAAAAUCUGCAAAUAAAAAUAUCUUACAAAAGUUACGAACAAUUGCUCGGUCUUGAAAAAAUUGACAUUUUGAUAUUGAAGAAGCGGCAAAUCGGCUCAUUUCGAAGUGAAGGUCCGAAGGAAGAAGUUCGUACAUCGGAGAGAGUAGAAUUUCGCGCUUUAGUGAAAUUAAUUGCAGAAAAUUAGUUUUCUUAGUGCUACUAAAUAAACCCUAAAGCCUUUUCAACGAAUCUUUGCAAAGAUGAUUCGUAAUUCAGUUUUUGCUUUACGCUUGCUCAUCAGUCGCCAAGUAACACUACGCCAGUACGCCAAGGAUGUUAAAUUCGGCCCCGAGGUUCGCGCUUUAAUGUUGCAGGGGGUCGAUGUUCUCGCUGAUGCUGUUGCAGUCACGAUGGGCCCCAAAGGACGCAACGUUAUUAUUGAGCAAUCAUGGGGAUCACCCAAAAUUACUAAAGAUGGGGUUACAGUUGCUAAAUCUAUUGAACUGCAAGAUAAGUUUCAAAACAUUGGUGCCAAAUUGGUGCAAGAUGUUGCCAACAAUACAAAUGAAGAAGUAGGUGACGGUACAACGACUGCAGCAGUAUUAGCGAGAGCAAUCGCAAAGGAAGGUUUCGAAAAAAUAUCCAAAGGCGCAAACCCGGUUGAAAUUCGGCGUGGUGUUAUGUUGGCUGUAGACGCUGUGAAGGAUCACUUACGUUUGCUAUCACGUCCAGUUAGAAACAAGGAUGAAAUAGCACAGGUAGCAACCAUUUCUGCCAAUGGCGAUAAAACCAUUGGUAAUCUAAUAAGUGAAGCUAUGAAAAAAGUUGGACGUGAUGGCGUUAUUACGGUUAAAGAUGGUAAAACAUUAACUGAUGAGCUGGAAGUUAUAACUGGAAUGAAAUUUGAUCAGGGUUUUAAAUCUCCAUUUUUUAUCAAUUCCACAAAAGGUGCUAAGGUUGAAUUCAAUGAUGCGUAUGUCUUGUUUUCGGAGAAGAAAAUUACAACAGUUAAGAGCUUGAUUCCCGUACUUGAAUUAACCCAUAGACUUCGCAAGCCCUUGGUUAUAAUUGCCGAAGAUAUUGAUGGCGAGGCACUUAGCACAUUGGUUGUCAAUCGCUUUAAAAUUGGUUUGCAAGUUGCUGCUGUUAAAGCUCCUGGAUUUGGUGAUAAGAAAAAGGCAAUGCUUACAGACAUGGCAAUAGCUUCAGGUGGUAUCGUUUUUGGGGAUGACACCAAUGUAACCAAGAUAGAAGACGUCUUGAUAAACGACUUAGGCAAAGUUGGUGAGGUUAUAAUUACUAAGAAUGAUACAUUGCUCCUAAAAGGCAAAGGAUCUCAGGAUGAAAUUCAACGUCGUAUUGACCAAAUUAAAGAUCAAAUAAACGAUACUACCUCCUAUUAUGAUAGAGAAAAGUUAAAGGAACGUUUAGCACGCUUGGCAUCAGGUGUUGCACUAUUGCGUGUUGGUGGAUCUAGCGAAAUCGAAGUAAAUGAAAAAAAGGAUCGUGUUAAUGAUGCUUUAAAUGCCACUCGCGCCGCGGUUGAGGAAGGCAUCGUAGCUGGAGGUGGUACGGCUCUACUAAGAUGCAUUCCGAAAUUGGAGAAUUUGCAAGGUGUCAACGCUGAUCAGUCAAUCGGCAUUGACAUAGUGCGCCGUGCUCUCCGUAUGCCUUGUAUGACCAUUGCUAGAAACGCAGGUGUAGAUGGCGCAAUGGUAGUCGCUAAAGUUGAGCAAGGGGCAGAUGACUUUGGCUAUGAUGCUCUAAAAGGAGAAUAUGGUUUUUUAAUUGCAAAAGGAAUAAUUGACCCAACCAAGGUUGUUCGCACUGCCAUCACUGAUGCUUCUGGCGUUGCAUCACUACUUACUACAGCAGAGGCUGUUAUCACUGAUUUUCCAAAAGAUGAGACUCCUAUUGGUAUGCCAGGCAUGGGCGGCAUGGGAGGAAUGGGCGGCAUGGGCGGAAUGGGAGGUUUGGAGGGUAUGAUGUAAAUCAUUUCCCUACCACAUUACCAUAUUUAUUUUAAUAUUAAAAAUUUUUAAUGUUCCAAAUCUUAAAUUAUAAACCCAAAAAAAUUUUUUCUCAAUACUUAAAAAAUUCUACAAGUGUUAAUUGAUAAAUAAAGCACUACAGUGCAAGAAGAAUAAGA